AUGGAAAGAAAGAACCAGACAAUUCUGACAGAGUUCAUUCUCUUGGGACUGUCGGAUGAUCCUAACAUCCAAUCUGUCCUUUUUGCUACAGGGCUGUUGAUAUACAUGUUCACAUUAGCAGGGAACCUGACCAUUAUUAUUUUGAUACAGACUGACCAGCACCUCCAGACUCCAAUGUACUUCUUGCUGAGCAAUCUCUCCUUUACUGAGAUCUGCUACAUCAGCUCCACCAUGCCAAAGAUGUUAUGGGAUCUUGUGUCAGGGAACAAGACCAUCUCUUUCGCUGGCUGCGCACUCCAAAUGUACUGCUUUCUAACCACAGCAGCUACGGAAGGUAUUCUACUCUUAGUCAUGGCAUAUGACCGUUAUGCUGCCAUCUGCCACCCAUUGCACUACACCUUGCUCAUGAGCCAGCCUGUGCUCAGAUGGCUCCUCGCAGUGUCAUGGGCCAUUGGAGGUCUUAAUGCCACUGCCAAUACUGCCUUUGUUUUCUCCUUGGACUUCUGUGGUCCCAAUAAGAUAGUGCACUUCUUCUGUGACAUCCCACCUGUCUUGCAUCUGUCCUGCUCUGAUACUUCCCUUGCUGAACUGGUGACUUUUAUGAUCUCUGGAAGUAUCAUGACAGUAACUGUUUCCUUAAUUGUCCUCUCCUAUGUCCUGAUUGUCUUAUCUGUGCUCAAAAUCAGUACGGCUCAGGGCAGGAUCAAGACAUUCUCCACUUGUGCCUCCCACCUUACUGUGGUGAGUAUCUUCUACAGCACAGCCCUCUUCACUUACAUGAGACCUUCUUCCAGUCACUCCAUGGAAGAUGAUCGAGUGAUCUCUGUGUUGUACACCAUCAUAACUCCUUUGUUGAACCCUCUAAUCUACAGCCUCAAAAACAAAGAAAUGCAGGCAGCGCUUCUAAAUUUUCUUGGGAAGAAACAACAUUGUUAG